CGGGGUCUUGUGUUAUGGUUAGAUAUUUAAAGAGCAGUGAGUUAAGUAUCCAUAAACUAUGAAUUGUGGAAUAAACCGUUUGUGUUCAACUGUACAUGGAGCAUACACACUGUGCUAGCAGAACACUCUUACACAAUUACGAGGUGGACUUUAGUUGGCAGUGCAGUGGUCCCCACACCAGUCUACCUCAUCUUGUGACAUUCCUACAUUACACAACUAAAUCCCAGUUUUCGAUUGCACUUUGACAAGCCUCAACAUGUCCCAUAAUAAACAGGUGACAGAUUCUGACAGAAAUAAUUCGAGGGCAAGCCAGUCCACACAAGCUCAAGCCUCAAGCACAUCGACUGAAACAACAUCAGGGGAAAUAAAUCAUCUUGAUGACCCAAGAGUUUUAUCAGAUGAGGCAUCGGCACAAAGUUCUACUGCUGCGUCAGAAAAACAUACAAAAUCUAAUACUACAAAUGGCCAAAAAAGCGACAUAAAUUCUCCAAAACAGUUGCCUCUUAGCCAGCCUCCUGAGCAAAAUCAUAGAGGCAUUCAACAGAGGUAUCUUUCUUCCCCCCCAAUUGCCAAUCAGUACCUGGACAUGGGACCAAGAAGGAAUCAGAAUGGCCGAAGAACACCUAUAGCUCAACCACAUAACCAGCAACCGACUAACCUCCUCACAGACACCCCACCGCCUGAAAACUCACCGAUAUGCCAGGAGACAUAUCAACCUGCAGAUGACUCAGAGCCCGAUCAGGAUCAACUGCAAAAUCAAGAUAUCACAGCCAUUGAACAUCUGCAAGUAUGCGCGCCUGCUACCUCGCUGGAAGAGCCAGAUCUACCGUUGUGCUACCAGUUCAUUUCACUGGAAAACGGAGGACUACCUCGUUUCAGCUACCUCCUAGUUAUUUAUAGCACACAAAACCUACCUCAGCCAAAUCUUAUGUAAAAAGUGCUAAAUUAUUAAAUAUACAUUUUUGUAUUAUCCUAUUUUUGAAUAAUGAUGACAUCAGGUGUACCUGUAGCAUUUUGAAAGGUACUGCACAUGAUGAGAAAUAUAAAUGUUUCAUGUUUUAAGGACCAUAGAAAUUGAUAUUCACAAAGACAAAAUCAAGCUUUCAACUUGUAAACCUGAAAAUACCAGAUAUCUCAGUGUUCUACCAGUUAUUGUCUAUAUACACUGUUAGUCAUUCUAAAAUGUC